AUGGGAGAUACGGCGACGCGGCUGUGCACCCCCCCAGUGGAACUCGAGGUGCAGUGCCCUACGACCUUGGAGCCCAUCUACCCUUCGUGGAAGUCUCACUUCAACCCCGUGUUCCAGAAGACGAGAGCGUUCCUGACGCAGAGAGGCGACAAAGACACCAACAUCGUCGUCCUCGGCCCGACAGGCGCCGGCAAGUCCACGAUCAUCAACAUGUUGUUCAAUAGGAAGGUCGCCAAGGUGAAGGCAACCGCGAAGUCUGUGACGAAGCAAAUGCACAUUUAUUCUGGGACCUUCACCUUCAGGGAACAGACCCGGACAGUGAAUGUGAUUGACAGCGUAGGGUUUUGCGACAGCGUCAUGCCUGCAUCAGAUGUGACUCGCAUGGUCAAAGAGUUCAUCAAGUCGAGCGUUUUCCACGUACACAAGGUGUUGAUUGUGUGUGCUGGUCGCAUUGAGGACGAGCAGUCGCAAGCGAUAAAGAAUUUCAUGGAGUGGCUGGAUUAUCAGCACUAUAAGUCUCAAUUCAUCUUCAUAUAUAAUAAGAGUGAGAAUUUAACCCCCGCUGAAAGAACGGAGUGCUUGGGAGAGAUGUGCGAUUUGCUUGGUGCGGAUUCGAACUUUGGUGCAAUCGAGGACGUUGCAGGGGAGCAGGUCCGCUUGAAUUACACUAUUUCGACUGCUUUCCCUGCGCACUUCCGCCUCGAGCAAAUCGGGGAUGACCUGCGGAAUCUGUAUAAUGCUGCGUUCUAUAUCCGCAAGGACCAUCGUGCGAUCGAGGGGACCGAACUAGAACCAACCGGCGCGACCGGCGCGACCGGCGCGACCGGCACCGGCGCGACCAGCGCGAUUGCGACCGGCGCGACCGGCGCGACCGGCGCAACCGGCGCGACCGGCACCGGCGCGACCGGCGCGACCGGCGCGACCGGCACCGGCGACCGGCGCGACCGGCGCGACCGGCGCGACCGGCGCACCCGGCGCGACCGGCGCGACCGGCGCGACCGGCACAACCGGCUCGACCGGCGCGACCGGCACCGGCGCGACCGGCGCGACCGGCACGAUCAGCACGACCGGCGCGACCGGCGCGAGACCAUGCGCAUAUCCGCCGACGACGCGGCGGCCCUCAAGUUUGGGCGGUUCCCCGACAAGGUGGCGCGGGUCGCAGAGGCCGAGGUCGAGUUGGUUGAGAAGGAGCUCACCGUCAAGAUUGGCGGUUCGUUGGCGCAGCGACGGAAGGCGCGCAAGUACGCAGGCAUCGCUAUGAAGCAGCGGAUCCCGCAUUUCUCAGCUGAGGAUUACGACGAUGGCGACCUCACCGUGCUGAGUGUACCUCCUGACGUCGUUGGUUGGGCGCUGGGCGGUCUGCUUGUCGAUUCGGACUCGCGCUUGGCAGGAGGCGGCUCGCUGUCAGGACCAGGAGCGCUUUAG